AUGUCUACCCAGAACGUCCUCUUCAUCGGUGCCUCCCGUGGGUGCGGCUUCUAUGCUGCCCUUCCAGUGCUCAAGUCGGGAGGCCGCGCAACGUUCCUCCUCCGCAACCCCGAUACAUUCACAUCCAACCCCGAGUUCCAGGCGCUCACUCCCGAGCAGAAGGAUAACGCAGUAUUGGUGAAAGGAGACGCGUACGUCAGAGAGGACGUUGCUCGCGCUGUGGACAGAGCUGGGGAAGGGAUGAAUACGGUGGUGUUCAGUCUUGGUGUCCGACCCACAUCCUUCCCCAAGAUCACCUGGUCUCGUGGAUUUAUCCUCGACCCACCCCACCCCUGCGCCCGCGCUAUCACCAUCCUUCUCUCGGUGCUGCAGGACCUAAACAGGACCGGCUUGAGACUCGUGAUCAUUUCCAGCAUGGGUUUGGGAGGGAAGUACAUAGAAUUGCCCUUCCUGCUCCGGGGCUGGCUGUAUGGCUGGCUGUUAGAGGACGCGCAUAUUGAUAAGGAGGCAUACGAGUACAUCUCUCUUCGGAGCUCGAAGCACCCUACACCCACCCACGUCCCAGAGCAGGAGUCCAUCCCCACCGAUGCUGCCUCUCUACGCUCAGACUGGCUCGACGAGCUGGUCAUCGUCCGCCCCGCGCUUCUAACAGAUGGGAAGGAAUAUCCUGGAAAAGUACGGACUGCGCCAGUUGUGAAAGGCGCGUAUUACCUGUCGAGGAGAGAUGUAGGUGCUUUCAUCGCCAGGGAGUGCCUCAAGGGGGAGAACAAAUGGGUGGGAGAGAAUGGUGUUGUGCUUGCCUAUUAG